ACAGUUUGCUGACAAUCAAGCUAAGUCAAGCUCAUAAUUUAUGCAAAUUGUUGUCCAAUUUAAAUGGUUUUAUGGGUAAUUAUAUUUUGCAUUGAACUUGAUUUCUGAUAUUGCAGAAGUUGAACUAUCGGGCCCUUGGUCUUUGUUUUCGAGACUCUUUGAAGCUAUUGCAUCAAAACACUAUUGUUAGUUUCUUCAGUCAGCUGCCUUUCCAGUGGGUCUCCAACCCUUCUCUCAUGAUCAGACGCUACUUCUCCACGUCAAUGCUGCCUACCACUGCGGCCGAUGCAGCCAAGGAACAAGCCAAGCAGAAGACCGUGGAGUUGAAGAAGGAAGAUGUUUUGGUGAGCGUGUGUCUUUACAAACAGGGCGAGUUCUUUCCCAACUGGAGAAGCAGACAUUUCGCCCUACUACAUGAUGGCAGCUUCCAGGGCUUCACUCGCAGUCCCAUCCCCUCGGAACAGUGCACGUGCAAAGAGCAGACUAAGAAGCCGAACAGAGGAGCUCGCAAACUGAACCACUUCCGAGUGGGCAAGCAGAGUGUGAUGGUGCUGGAGACUAGUGGGGACGGGGAGAAAAAAAGUGGGGCUAGUCGUGGGGGCGCAGGAGGGGACAAUGUGGAUUCUACUGGUCGAUUCCCAUUUUACAUGGAAGACAUCCAUCGGGUUGACGAUGAAACUAUAGUGACUAGACACUUCUACUGCACUUCGCAUAGAGACAGAUUACAGCUCUACUGGGGAGUGACUGAAGCCAAGAAGAUUCUUAGCGCCAAGAGUAACUUCCCAAAAACAUCACUUCAAAGCAAGGAUAACCAGAGACAGUCGGUAUCGGUGCUAGAUGGCGAGGCCGUGAAGCGGAGUCGCAUCAGGGAGGAGGAGUAUCGCAAGAUAGGCGUGGUCGGCAGUGGCUCCUAUGGCAAGGUCUAUCUGGCGGAGGAGAUCGCAACCAGUCGCAUUGUUGCACUCAAGAUUCUGGAGAAGCAGCGACUGCGCAGGAAAGACUUCAAACUGAAACAUGUCUUGAGCGAGUCACACAUUGCGAGACAGGUGGACCACCCAUUCAUAGCCAGGCAAUUCGGGGCCGGCCAGACGCCGGAGUUGUUCAUGUUUGUGAUGGAGUUCGUACCAGGGGGAGAGUUGUACACUUUUCUGCAUAGGAAUAGAAUCAAUAAUCCGUUUCAUAGCCCACUCCUGAUGGAACCAGCCAUUCAACAGGUGAUGGCGAUGAUAGCAAGUGCAGUGGAGUAUCUUCACAGCAAGAGCAUCGUGUACCGAGACAUGAAGCUGGAGAAUCUGAUGUUGGACGAGUGGGGAUACGUCAAGAUCAUCGACUUCGGCAUCUCCCGCGAGAUAUACGGGGGCAGAGAGGGAAGGGCGGGCACCUUCUGUGGGACUGCCCAGUACAUCGCGCCCGAAAUCAUCAUAUGCGACCAACAUGGAGACAAUGAUGACGACAGUGUGGGGGAUCAGGACGUGGGCUAUGGGGUCGAGAUAGACUGGUGGACUCUGGGUAUUGUAGCCUACGAACUCAUCUACAAGGGAACCCCUUUUGAGAUACCCGCCGCCCAGAGCAAGCAGUACAGCAAAGCUAUGGGACAGAACAUCCUGUUCAACCGCAUACGAACCGCAGAACCGAAACUGAGUCCGAGCUUCGUCAUUGGACAGCAAAUUUUUACAGUGAGUCCAUUACUCAGUAGUUUUGUCAGAGGUCUUCUUGAAAAGGACCCCUCGACUCGACUUGGAGAUGACACGGUUCUGAAUCACCCGUUUCUGCAGGCCAUAGACAUGGAAAAAUUAAAAGCGCGUGAGAUCAAGUCGUACAUAUCAGUAGAGCCAUUCAAUCGGAACAAAUUGUCCAAAUAUAUCCAAAAAGACAAGUCAAGCCAAAAUCAACUCCAGCAUAAUUCGGUCCAAAAAACAAUUCCAGAGGAGAAUCUGGCAGGAUUUUCAUACGCGCAGCCAGGAUACAAUUUUACUUGAGUCCAGACUUAAUUCAAAUGAUGUUCUAAAAUAUUAAAUUGAAAUUGUUUUAAUAUCCUAGAACAAGAUGAUUUAUUUUCAGGUUUAAUUUUGAUUUUUCUUUGAUGAU